AUGGCUGUUUCUGUAGCUUCGCGAGAAGAAGUAAACAUAUUAUUGCUCGGUGAAACUGGAGCAGGAAAAUCUACAUUUAUAAACGCAUUUGCAAAUUAUUUUAAAUUUAAUAGUCUAGAUGAGGCAAUAUCUGGAGAGAUAAAUUCAUCUACUCAAGAAUGUGAAGCAUAUGUGUUCCCUGUAGAUGAAAAUAAAGUUAUAAGAUUGAUCGAUACACCUGGUAUAGGAGAUACCAGAGGAAUUGAGCAUGAUAAAAAAAAUUUUGAAAAUAUCCUAAAUUGUAUUAGCCAAUAUGACUAUCUGAAUGGAAUUUGCAUACUCCUUAAACCUAAUAAUGCGCGGCUGAAUAUAAUAUUUAAAUAUUGCAUACAAGAAUUACUAUCACACCUUCAUAAAAGUGCUAAGGAUAAUAUUGUUUUCUGUUUUACUAAUACAAGAGGAACGUUCUUUCGUCCAGGAGAUACAUUACCAGUGCUAAAGAGACAACUUAGUGAAAUUCAAAAAAAGUCUGAUAUUGAGAUAAAGAUUUGUAAGGAUACAGUAUACUGUUUUGAUAACGAAUCAUUUAGAUUUCUAGCAGCAGUUAAGAAAGGGAUGUCAUUUACAGAUAAGGAAGUUUUCGCGUCUAGUUGGGAAAAAUCUGCGAAUGAAUCUAUGAGACUAAUUGAACGCAUGAUAAACUGUACACCUCAUAAAAUUAUUGAUACUAUAUCACUUAAUAAUGCUAGACAAAUAGUGAUGAUUCUUUAUAAACCUCUUGCAGAAGUAAUCCUAAAUAUUCAAGAAAAUAUUGUCCAGAUUGAAAAGUUAAAAAAAGAAAUACAGAGAUCUGAUAUAACUGCUGAAGAGCUUAAAAGCAAGCUAUACAUUCCUUAUAUAGGGCUUGAGUUAAUUCGACUGGAUCGUCCCAGAGUUGUAUGCACGAAUAGUAUUUGUAAAAAAUCAGUUGUUGAUAAAACAGCAGAAAGCUGCCAUAUUAAGUGGAAAAUGCUAAACGCAUUUAUGCAAAAGCGCAAUGGUGUCAUGAUAUUUGGAAAGUGUAAAUCCUGUGGCUGCUAUGCGAAAAAUCAUAAAGCAAUUUUUUAUAAAAGCAUAUCUAAAUAUUCAGAAAAUUUCGAUAAAAAUAUAGAAAAUAAAAUCUCUGAAAAUAAAUUAGAUCAAAUUGACAAGCAAAACCAUAUAAAAAUGCUCCAAGAAAAGAUCGACCAACUAAAAGUACAACAAAAUACUGUCGACAAUAUUGUGAUUCAAUUUACACAAUUUCUAUCACAAAAUGCAAUAGCUACUUUUAAUGACACCUAUGCAGAAUACCUUGAUUAUAUUAUAUGUCUUGAAAAAAAGAAAAAAAAUACUUCUAAAAAUUACAAUAAUGAGAUCCUUGAAGGACUUGAAGAGACAAAAAGAAAGUAUGAUGAAAAGGUAAAAGCUAUUAAAAAGAAGAUUGAAAACGAUGAGCCUCCAUCAUGCUCACCAUCUAUUGAGGACAUAUUUAGUCUUGUACAACAAUUAUAUAACCUACCCAAUAUCGGUCAGUAUUUACAAAAUGUAAAAAAGGAAGAGAGAAAAACGUUAAAGUACCGAGAAAGGCAUUAUAAAGCCUCUGGAAGUCAGAAUCGUAAAUUGACACGAGUGCUGAAUGCCUUAGCAAAAAUUUUAAAAAAUGCAGUACAGUAA